CUUUGACUUCUUUUCCUUCUAUGUUCUGACCAUCUACUACUUCUUUUUCUAACCUCAAUCAUACACAUCGACUCUUCUAAAAUUAUCGAAAAAAAUUGAAAGACAAGAAGAGUAGUUUAAAGAAUGAAGCAUGUCCAUUCACCUAUAUAUUGCACUUGCUUUGUUGCCAUUAUCAUUGUCUUGAUACUUAACCAUGGUGAAAGUCUUCCUCUUCAUCAAUUUGUAGAAAGAGAAACGAUUACUCAUGCUAAUCACCCAAUUUUCAAGCACCCUAAGGAGGGGGAGCAUGUAGAAUUGUUUCAGUCAGGGUCAGGCAUACCAGAUUGCUCACACGCGUGCGGACCAUGUUAUCCUUGCAAACGAGUGAUGAUAAGUUAUAAGUGUGGAACAGCGACUGAAUCUUGUCCGGUUAUUUACAGAUGCUUUUGUAGAGGCAAAUAUUAUCAUGUUCCGUCUAACUAGCGUACAUUCUUGUUAUUCUUAUGACUCAUGUAGGGAAAUUAUUCGUUUUAGUAACCAUAAUAUCUUAGGAUUUUUUUACUUUUGAUGGUAGAAGUUUAGUACUAUGGAAUUUGUAUGUCUUCUCUUUUUUCAAGUGAACUUGUAUACCUUGUCUAAUUGAUUAAUGAAGGAAUUUCGUGAGCCGUUAUCUAGUAAAA